UCUCCCAUAUUUCUCUGAAUUGUUUUUUCCAGUUUGUAGUCUAAGGCUUUUAUGCCUUAACUACUAUUUGUAUAUGUAGCAUCAUUGUUAAGCAGAUUUAUAUUGCGAUGACAGUAUGUAUGGGUUAACCAGACAGCGGUGAUUGCGUGAUCUUCAAUUUUAGGUUCCGAUGACAAAUGAACCCAACGACAGUGGCUGACAGGUAAAGCGAAGAGCACAGCAGAAAGUCGCCGUGCCUGCGCGUGCUGGUAGCCUCGUUUUCACUCUAACAUGGCCGCACGUAUGGGAAGGGCCUAUUAGCUCUUGCGUGUUGCGGCGGAUGUGCAUCCCAGCGACACUCCCUCUUUGUGAACCCGUGGGCUCGGUGGACAGUCUUCCUCGGAGCUUCGGCCGCUGCGGCUGUCAGUUUAGUUUGUGGUUCGGUCCAAUAUGGCGGCGGACGGAUGGAAAUACUGAUGACAGUCCGAAAAAUCGCCUCGAUUUGUACGAUGGGCGCCAAUGCCUCAGCUUUGGAGAAAGAGAUUGGACCGGAACAGUUCCCCGUAAAUGAGCACUACUUCGGCUUGGUCAAUUUUGGCAACACUUGCUACUGCAACUCGGUCCUGCAAGCACUUUACUUCUGUCGGCCUUUUCGGGAAAAAGUGCUGGCCUACAAGAUCCAGCCCCGGAAGAAGGAGAGCCUCCUGACCUGCCUGUCCGACCUCUUCAACAGCAUCGCCACGCAGAAGAAAAAGGUGGGGGUCAUCCCUCCCAAGAAGUUCAUCUCCAGGCUGAGGAAGGAGAAUGAGCUGUUCGACAACUACAUGCAGCAGGACGCCCACGAGUUCCUCAAUUACCUGCUGAACACCAUCGCGGACCUGCUGCAGGAGGAGCGGAAGCAGGAGAAGCAGAACGGGCAGCUGCAGAACGGCAGCGUGGGCAGCGAGGAGGCUGACAAGCCGGAGCAGACCUGGGUCCACGAGAUCUUCCAGGGCACGCUGACCAACGAGACCCGCUGCCUCAACUGCGAAGCGGUCAGCAGCAAAGAUGAGGAUUUCCUUGAUCUCUCUGUGGAUGUGGAACAAAACACCUCCAUAACCCACUGUCUGAGGGGAUUCAGCAACACGGAAACCCUGUGCAGCGAGUACAAGUACUACUGUGAGCAGUGUCGGAGCAAACAGGAAGCACAGAAGAGGAUGAGAGUGAAGAAGCUGCCCAUGAUCCUGGCUCUGCACCUCAAGAGGUUCAAGUACAUGGACCAGCUGCACCGCUACACCAAGCUGUCCUACCGCGUCGUCUUCCCCCUGGAGCUGCGGCUCUUCAACACCUCCGGCGACGCCACCAACCCCGAUCGCAUGUACGACCUGGUGGCGGUGGUGGUGCACUGCGGCAGUGGGCCCAAUCGAGGACACUACAUCACCAUUGUGAAGAGCCAUGGGUUCUGGCUGCUGUUCGAUGAUGACAUUGUAGAGAAAAUAGACGCUCAAGCGAUAGAGGAGUUCUAUGGUUUAACAUCUGACAUUUCCAAAAACUCCGAAUCCGGAUACAUCCUCUUCUACCAGUCCAGAGACUGAGGUGGAGAGCGAUGGACUAAUGGCACUGCAGACAGGAGCUGGGGUUCUGGGUCUGCUGACACCCCUUGAGGGGGUGUCCCAUGGAGCUGGGGACUGCUGGGAAGGACCUUCAGACAAGAGCACGUGACGAUCUCGGAGAAGAGAAGCCCUCACUCUUAAGUUGUAACCUGUGAAGUGAAGACCUCGUCGAGUCACCUUUUAAGGAUGAUGACGCUAUUUGGUUUUGUUAAGGUUACCAAUUGCUAUUGGCACUGCUUGUUGCUGUCCAGGCCACAGGACUGCAGCCUUUCUGACACGGAAAUAACCUCCAGCCAAGUGAGCAAUGUUGAGCUCAGUAGGCUGUGCAUUUUCGCACCCUCUGGCCUCAUCAGCUCAGCAUGCUUUUUGGCUGAGGAAGGCGUUUGGGCACAAGUUUCCUUGUGCAGGAAGCAGUCCUUGCUCUCUGUGCCUCUGAGUCUUCUUACUUCACUGCAACUUGCUGUAAGAGGUUCUGACUCUUAACGGUCGUCACUAGACUGUUUCAUUUUUGUUUGGAGAGAGGAAAUUAAACUCCAGAAUUCCAUGCUGAGCACGACAGAAUUAAGAAAAUUUCCUGUGAAGAAUGGAUUUCGACGGGAACGUGCUAAAUGUCCUACCAACUUUGAGGAGAUUUGCUCAGGGUACAGGCACCGUUAAGUUAAAAGUGGGUUGUACUGUCGUCGACCUCUUCCGUUAUGAAUACUCCACAGAAAAAUAUGUAUUGUUAAGUUAACCCUUUUAGGACCUGGGAUGGCUAAUCUCUUAUAGUACUUCUAAAAAGACCUGACCAGGCCUGCUCUCUCCCCAUGGAUCUCUGUUCUAAACACUACCGUCAACAGGGCUUUAUUCGGGUUCUCAGAGUUUUUUGCUAUAAAAAAUUUGCUAAUUGCUAUCAAAGAACUAACAUUAAAAAAAAAAGUUAAGAAAAUGCUGCUAUAUACACAGUUGAAUCCAUGAAUAAUUAAAGUGUAAAAUUAAUCUACAAGGAGUACCUCAUAAAGUAAUUCUCCUUCUAAUAUCCCUUUCUUUCUGAACUCAUUAGUGAGAAAGCUACCUAGCAAGUCCUGCUUCAUAGAUGCGUCCUAGUGCCUUAUCCCCAUGGACUGGGACGCUCUUUACAGCUGUGUAAAUGUAAAAAUGAAGUGUAAAGCAGAGCCUGCCCAGGAGAUAGUCCUCGCACUGAAGUGUUUUUGUCGUGCUGACUGAAAGGGCACACACAGGCUGUUGCCUCCUGUCAACCCGCGGCUCUUCCAGAGCUUGAGAAAAGCAGGAGGGGCUGCUCUCUGCUGCCAUUGGGGCUCGGAAAGUGUUCUCGCAGCUGGCAGCGUGCUCCCCAGCUAGAGCAUCUCACUGCUUCUCCACAGCCCUGCCCAGGAGGCAAAUGUGAGAGUCGGGGCCCUUAGCAACCUGUGUGAGCCACAGAGCUGCUGGCAGAUCUCAAAGAGUUAAUUCCCAGUUUAUCUCCUCCCGCCUCCAGACAAAUUGUUUGUAUCUGUAUGAUUUUUACUUGCAACUUUUUUUUUGUAGACUUUUGGUUUAUAAGUAACGAUACUGACGGAGGGAAUAUUUUGUCAAAUCCAACCCCCUACCCCCUGAUUUCUGUAGAUCAGAGGGUUUCAAGGUCGGCUCCCGGUUAUGUUACCAUCAUCUGUGUAUGAGGAUUGGAUUUGGAACAAUUGUGUUGCACCUUUCUGUCCGAAGAGCCCGGUUGAGUGACGUUGCCCCUGAGAGAUACGGGCAGGGCGCUUCACACAGGAGGUGCCGUGAAGAGUGCUGCCAGUGUCUCCGCAGCGACGCUGCUUUCAAGAUGGCGUCCAACAAGGCGAUACAGCGUGGAAGAGGUUCAGAAUCGGAGUCGUCUUGAGUUGGGGUUUUUUUCGUGGUGCAAUUGCAAAUAAGGUGAAAGAUUACAAAAAGGAGGGGCACGCUACUCGGUGUCAGUGAAGAGUAGCCUCAGUGAUGGAUUAACAACCAUGUGCUUGGAAACAGAUUGAUAAUGUUUGCACAUCUUUUAUCACGCGGCAGUAGGCGUCUCUCAUGUCCAGUUGUAUGAACGUUUUCAAAGCUGUUGAUUUUGGUCCGAUAAAGUUAUGAUGCAUUUAGUCAAUUAAAUUAUAUUUCCAACCUCUGUGAAGAGACUGGGGAUCAAGUUGCCUUUUGGUAAGGCAGAACCGUUCUUAUUAUAUUCACGCCGUGGGCAGGAAUGUGUUCUUUAAGCCGGGUCCGUCGAAGGACCUGUAAAUCAAAAAAAGGCACAAAUUGUUCAUGUGCUGCUUCAAACGGAGGUCAGGGGGAUUUCUGUUUGUUUUGUAUAUUGUGUAGUCAGCAAUCGAAGUUAGAAGUGUUUGGAGGCGUUUAGAUAAGAAAGACCAGCGAAAUCUGCUGAGCUGCGAUGUCGGUGCUGAAAAUGAGAGUUGGGCACAGAUAUCAGCAGAGCAGCGGCAGUCUCGCCGACUGUGGAGAAAGGUUAAAGGGGUGGGAGGAUUUCAUAUCUAGUCUGGUUUGCUCCCUGAAAGCCUACUGUUGCAGGACAGAAAUAGCUUUUCCUAAACCCAGAAGCCAGUGACCGCCGCUAGUACAACCCUCCCUGGCUGGCAUCCCAGCAGGCCCAGGAGGUUAGAGCUGUGUGAUGUGCCUGCAGGCAUCAGCACAGUGUCACUUGCAUUAGCACUUUCCAGUGGGUCUGUUUCUUUUUCCAGAUUAGCACCAUCACACCGUUAAUUGGCAAGGGCUGCCCCUUUUGUGUUCUUAGUAUUUUGGUGGGAAGUCACACUUCUUGCAGGGUGUUGAUUCCUGUGUCCCUGCAACACGUUUUAAACUCGCUUUUGGUUUUCCAGUAUAUUGAUUAUGAUUUUUUCUCCUUUUCAAAAAAAAUGUGGUUAAUUCCUGUGUCCUUUCGGUACAGCCCGAGGUAGUUUCAGGUUUACAGGCUCAAAUAUUUUUCCUCAUUACUUGGCUCCAGUUACAUUAUAAUCAACAGUAACAGCUUUAUUUUGGUGAGGCGCUGCAUGUUAAGUGCUGGUUGCCAUUCUCAGUUUGGCAGCCUCACCUGUCUGAUAGAUUUCACAUCUGUGAAGGGCUUUAGAGACGGAGCACAAGUCAAUUGGACAGUCUUGCCCAUUUUGGUCGUUGGUAGCUUAUUGAUCCUCAGGUCUCAUGCAGCCCUUUCUUCAAAGAAGCCAGGGUAUUUGCAUCAGUAGCAUGGCUUAGUAGUCUGGUCCAUAUACCUACCAAGUCACUGAAUGACUGAAUGCUACCAUUUGUGUUCUUAGUAAUUUGAUGGAAAGUCCCUGCUCAUUUCAGGAAACAUGCAUGACUCCAGUGUUGUCCAAAGAUAUAGGCACCUUUCCUUUUGUGAUCAGGAGGUUCUUGCAUUUUUUGCCCCUUAGAAGACCAAGUUCCUGAGUAUGAUUUCUAAUUCUUUUAUGAGAAGAUGGUUGUUGGAUUGGAUUUAGUCCUUAGUAUAAUAAGUCACUGGAGGUUGACCCCCCAGUUGUAUAGCAUACCUACUGUGUGUUAUAUUCUUGUUGACAGCAAUCAGGAUGUGUAGCAGGAAAGGCUUUGGGAAUCUACCCUGUCUGUGAUACACUGCAGACAAAGUUAAGGAGGAGGGUCACCAUGGUUUAGUUUGUAUUCAGUUUUCCUUUUCCUUAGGAAUUGUAAGUAGGAGUGGUUGUGCUUUCCUGGAGAGCAUUCACGUGGGUAUUCUACUCCAGCGAUACCCACUAGAAUAGAAUGGGUGUUCUGUUACCAUCACAGUGGGUAAGACACUUCAGAAACAUAGGCUGCAUAACCAGAAAAGAGGCAUUAGAUGCUGUGAAUUAUUGUGACUAUUCCCAGUGAAGAGUAGUAACUGUAAAUAGGUGGGCAGAUGUGGGGUAGAGUGUGAGGGUCUUCUAUUUUUGUGAAUUCUAAGAGUAUUGAAAAGAUAUAUUUUCCUUUCCUAAAUUUCCACUGUUUAUAUUGUUCUGCCUUCUUUCUAGGCCUGCAGAGUGGAUUGGUUUUGGGGUAGCCAAGAGAGGCUGCUCAUUGACAUACAUGCACCCCAAAACAAAUCCACAGUCAUGGCUGACAUGGCUUAUUGGACCUUAGGCUCCAUGCAGUCCUGAGUCCUUUCAUAGAAAUUUCUUUUCAAUCCAGUUCAGAGCGCCAUAGCAAACCUGUGGCUUGUCCAGUAGGAUGGCUGUUUUCUUUCUGUCUCCAUCGGUCAAGGGAGGUAUACUGUACCACAUUGACAACCGUAACAAAGUGCACUUCUGAUCAUGAGGUUUCUGUAAGUGACCAGGAACAACAACAGUGGGAGUGGAGGUGGGGCGAUUGUGCGGAUUUGGAUGUGAAUCAUUCAGGACCCCAACCUCAAAAAAAAAAAGGGUCUCAAAUAAAGAAAGAAUUGGUAAAACA